AUGCUCAUGAUGAUUGCAGCUUCUGAUCUUUCACAAUAUCUUGCGUGUGAACUACGGACAGGCGGGGUCGACCAUAUGGGCAAGACAUUACCAGCACCCCUGAUACGAGACAUCGAGUCUUGGGUGUUCAGGCAAAGAGUCUCGGGAAAGGUGUUUCUGAGCGGCAGUUCGGAUGGAUGGGGGAGCAGUACUUCCAAACCACCACCUUUCCUGCCACUUUUACAAGACAUUGCUCGCCGACUUCGCCGUCAGUCCUUUUCCCGCCCACCCCAAGUCCACCCUUCCAACCCUCGCUCUCCCACACUCUUCGAAGAGGAUGAACUGUUUGAAGACGAAGACGAGGGCGUCUUUGGCGUCAAACGUAUGGUCAUCGACUAUGAUGCUCGUUCGUCGGCCUCGGAAACCUCUGGCGACGAAAGCGACCACCACGACGCCCCUCGGCUCGUAGCCCAACACACUGGAGAGAGUGUGAUAGAGAGGUGGAGAAAAUGGGAAGAAACGGGUGGAGAGAUGAGGCCGCCCGAGCAUGAAGAGUAUAUCCAGGGCUAUGGAAGAGGGGAUGGUGGGAGGAAGAGGAAUGUGUCCAACGUCUCGGCGCCGUCUGCUGGCUCGGUCAAUGUGACACCGGCGAGGAGGGGAAGCGAGACCAAGCAUAGCAGUCCGACUAUGGAGGAGCUACUGAAGGCGAGAGGAGACGAUACUCUGGAGGUGGGAGAUGAUGGUAUGGGAGGAGCUACGAUCAAGGCUGUUCCUCCGACAGCUUCUGCGACCAGUGCGCCGUUGACGACAGGUUCUGUCAUAACGCCGUCUUCGCCAUAUACCACGCCCAUGGCCGACACAUCCUCAGCACCGGCAGACACCAAAUCCGUAACUCCCACACCUGACCGCCCUCCUGGUCUGUCCAGCCUCGUAGAGGCGGACGGGGAGAAUGACGAUACCCCAGAAGCGACACCCUCCAAAUCCCAAACUUCCCAACCCCGGCAAACCUCUGAUGGUUCCAGCCGGUAUGCCUCCCUCGGUCGCUCUGAUCGAAGACAUCCACGAGAACAUUCUCAAGAUGAUGCGGCAGAUUCAGAUGAUCCCGAAGAGGGAGAGGCGGAGACGGGACGGUGGGAGAGUGCGAGGAGGGUGACGCUGAGGCCGACGAGGGCUAUGACAAAGAGUAUCUCUGCUCUUCCCGUGAUCCCUUCGGUCGAGGCGGUGGAGUCGGAGGCCAACGAGGAAGUGAGGGACGCAGAGAAAGAAGUUGCGGUGAAAGGAGAAGUUGCGAUACAGGUGGGCAAGCUGGUUGAAAAGAUCAAGGAACUAGAGGCGAGGUUGGAGGUGAUGUCUACAUCGACCCCAGCGCCCCCAGCCUCGGUUGACCCUUUGCCGGUGACUAUUCCCGCACCAGUCGAGCCGCAGACUUUCCUCACUCGGUUAGGACUUGGCGGCGGAGAUGGGACCCUCGGAUACGUGUUCUUGAUUGGUCUUGGUGCGGGUGUUGGCGUGGGGGCCAUCGCAAUGCGUAUACUGCGCGGGAGGUGA